GUGGGUACAGUAGCUCAUGUUUCUGACAGUCAGCUGUUACAGGGAAGUUUUACCAUGGUCGGAUAGCUCUCUCUCUGUUCCUGUUCCUGUUCUUGCACUCUCUUUUGCGACAUUACUCGCUUUGCUUCCGUCUUUUGUGUUACUGCAGUUUUUAACGCACAGGAAAACCUGCUCGUCAAGUCUAAUUCUGAUCCAGACUUAAACUUCGGAACUUCGGAAUGAGUUCGAACGAACAUUCCAUGCAGGCUCUCUCAUGGAGAAAAUUGUACCUGAGCCGGGCCAAGCUGAAAGCUGCCAGCCGCACUUCAGCUCUUUUGUCGGGGUUUGCAAUGGUUGCCAUGGUGGAGGUGCAGCUGGAAAAUGACUUUGAUUAUCCUCCAGGGUUGCUGAUAGCCUUUAGUGCGUGCACAACAGUGCUAGUUGCAGUGCACCUUUUUGCACUCAUGAUUAGCACCUGCAUCCUCCCUAAUCUCGAGGCAGUCAGCAAUGUUCACAACCUCAAUUCGGUGAACGAGUCUCCCCAUGAGCGCAUGCACCGUCACAUUGAACUGGCUUGGGCUUUUUCCACUGUCAUCGGCACACUUCUCUUCCUCACAGAGGUGAUGCUCCUCUGCUGGGUCAAGUUUUUACCCCUGAAGACGAAGACGGAAAAAAAUGACACCACCAUUAGUUCUGGCCGAGCUGCAGCCAUCGCUUCCACUUCCAUCAUGGUGCCUUUCGGGUUGGUUUUUAUUGUGUUCGCCGUUCACUUUUAUCGCACACUCGUCAGUCACAAAACGGACCGGCAGAUCCGGGAACUCGAGCAAGUUAUUCGGCUGCAGAACCAACUGGACCACAGGAUGGAAAAUGAGGACUUGAAGGCUGUUGACCAUUUUGCUUGAUUCGUUUGCUUUGCUUACUUGCAAAAGCAGGGGACAUUCAGCAGUGCUUUUGCUGUGAAAUUAUUUUUUUGUGGACAGUGCUUAUAUAGUCAUUUUUAUCUUUCGGGCAGUGAAGGUUUAAUGAUUUCCUGUUGACGUUUUCUUGCAUAUUAUUCAGCAUGAAAACAUGACUAGUGCUGAUUUAUUUCUCUAGCACCUACCAAUGUAUGCCAAACCCGUAUGGAGUAAUUCAUAUGGUUCAACGUAAUCAAUGUAAUAUUUUUUUUUGAUAUGAAGGAAAUAUUGCCAAUUUGAUAUGAUCAAAUAUUCACAGUUAGAAUUUGUUGCCAUCUCUGUUAGAAAAGAACGGUUUAAAGCAAAUCUCUGAAUUCACAUAGUUGCAUGAAAUCGCAUAUGCACACAUAUCACCUAACGGACAUUCGUGACAAAGUGUUUGCAUAAAUCCUGCUCACGUGCAACAGAAGAAAAAAAAAAACCUGUCAUAAUGAUGCAUCUUUUAGUUGACCACACUGGAGCUUUGGGUUUAACUGCAUUCAAGAUUAUUUUGUGUUGAAGUUUAUGCAUUAUUGUCAAUGAUUUAGCAAUAUGUCUUUUUGUAUCCCAUGGUGUUGCGGAGUUUGUGUUAUUUUUGUGUUCAGAUAUUGGUACUCAAUUGUCAAUACAAAUAUUUUAAAUUUGAUUACAAACAGAUUUUAAAAUUUACUUUCAACCCAAAAGAGUGUACAGUUACAUUAUGUAGCAAGUUGCUACCUUGUGGAUGGAUCUACUCGACAUAAUGUGAUCAAGGCUCAGAAUAAGCGGUUUAGCAUAGAAGUUUGUGAGUCAAAAUUUGCAUUUUGCACCUCAACAAAACAGAUUAAAUAGCAAAACUGAGAACCUUUGUGGUUUGUUAUGUUGAGCACUGUAAACUAUUAACUAUUAACACCACAAGCAAAGAUGUGGAGCAAUUCACAUGAAUAAUAGAAUAGAAUUCCUCCAACCAUGUGCUAGAAUGAGAAAAAAAGCUGUUGCAGCAUUUGUAAACAAAACAAACCAAAAAAAAACUGCAAACAUGCUUUUCAUUUUUUUUCCAUAUAGUUAUGCAUGUUGUUGGAAAUAUUUGGUGAAUGCGUCUUAAUUGAUAGUUUACAUGCUUUUGCUCGCAUGUUAGAAAUGUUGAUUGUUUACAUGCUUUAGCAUGCUCACAUGUUGCAAAUCUUACAAGUAUUAUUGUCCUGUGGCACAUAUUGAAUUAUGUUAGUGGUUUUCAUUUUGUUUUGAAUCCCUGAAAUAUUUUUUGAGGGGAGGGUGUGGGGGCCCAAAGCCAAUGGAUAUGCUGAAAUGAGACAUAUGGUAGAUGCAUGCGAGUAUGCAGAUAUAAAUACCCAUUAUUGGGUCAUGUGACAAUCAAAGAGCCUCUCAGCUCACCUAUUGUGCCUUGUUUAUAACAGAUAACUGCUCUGUUCCAUAAGUUGACUUUUGUGGUUUAUUUAUUCAACUGACGGUAUUGUAUAUACAAAGUAUCCAUGAACGUGUUUUACUAUGUAAGUUGACACUGCAGCUUAUCCUGUGAGCUGUAUCAAGGUGGGGUUUGUUGCCAAUUUCAAAAUAAAACACAUUUUAUGUUACUUGA